CGACAUGAAGCGACAUACUCACAAGACAAAGCGCAAGAUCUAUGACGAUUGAAGAACGCGCAAAGUGCUCGGAUUUCCGUGCCUAGUAGACCGUCCACUAAUCCUGAUAUUAAAGUUGGUCAUGGGUUGCGCAUAAGAGCAUUCCGCCAAAAUGAACUAUGCCAAAAGGCAUGGAUAAAAUGUUGCUCGUGAGAUCGGUAUGACGGAUCGGUGGUUAUUCUCAUAUUGUAUGCGCUUCGGCGACUUGUCGGGUCCGCGCGAGUGGAGGGUCUCGAAUGGCGCUCAUGUAUAAUCACCGGGAGUGCAAUGCUAACAAGUAGUCCAGCUGACUCUGACAAAAUGGUAGGGUACUCGCGUCGUCCUACGGGAGGUGAUCAAUUUUUCCACACAUAAUCGAAGCGCCUCCGCUCUGACGGGGUACGAUGAGUACUGAUAACCAUGAUCAAACGAAGCCCUGCGUCAGCAAACCACCCGCAAGAAUCGAGCUUAAUGCCGACGAAAGCGCGUUCGACGGCAGGCGAAUUAAGAAGGAACGAACUGACGUUUCCCUUGAGAAUGGUGACGGUAGCAUCAACGCCGGCAUUAAUGAUACUAACAAGCAACUACAGUCGAGUCAGCGACCGGCUGCCGGCAGAUUUUCAAACGGCUUCCACGACGACGACCUACUUCAGGAUAUCAUCGCGGCCAAGUUCACGGCUCUGGCAAAUCAUGGCACAACCACCAAGUACGACAAAAUUCGGCUCAUGAUCGAAGAUAGCAUCAGUGAAGAAUCAAAAGCACGUAUUCAAGAAAUCUUCUCACAAAUUGAACAACUGAAAAUAGAAGAAAAAUUAUUGUUGUACCUGAAACUUCCACUAUCAUUGACUAAUACUGGAGGAACUGUUGAUCCUUUGAGACAACCAUUAAAUCCAUUAGGAAAUCGUUAUGAAAUUCAUCAAACUAUCAUGUGGAUUAAAACACAUUUAGAAGAAGAUCCAGAUGUUUCUUUACCAAAACAAGAAGUUUAUGAUGAAUAUAAUAUGUAUUGUAUGCGAAAUUCUAUGAAACCCUUAUCAACUGCUGAUUUCGGUAAAGUUAUGAAACAAGUAUAUCCAAGAGUUCGACCACGUAGACUAGGCACACGAGGCAAUUCACGUUACUGUUAUGCUGGAAUGCGCAAGAGAGUUAAAUUGGAUCCUCCAACAUUGCCUAAUAUAUCAGGCACUCAGACUGGUGAUGAAGUAGAUGAAAAUAUUACUGAAGAAAUGUUGGGAGCUGCAUCUACAUUGAUCAGAGAAUGGGCAGAAAGCCUCCUUGGUUUGAAAUUUCCAACUUUGAGUGCCUUAGCACGUCAUCUUGUUGAUAAUUUGUGUGUUGAUACUCGAUCUCUAUCUGCUGUGUGCAUAUUAUGUGCUUCAGGAAAUUCGAAUACAUCGACAAAUAAAGAGUCGAAUACAGAUAUACGUGCAACACCUAUUAGUGGAAAGUCUGGGAAGCUUAGAGAAGCACAAUUACAGUUGCAACGAAAGCUACAACAGCGAGAACAUAUAAGGGAUCAAAAACACCGUCAUCUUGAUACUGUUAUACAGAACCAGAACAAAGAGAAGACUGUCGAUAAUAAAACGGGGGCAAAUAAGGGAAAUAAGAAAACUAAAUCCAAUCAGUCAUCUCAAGGUACAAAUGUAUCGAGUGGGCAGCAGAAUGCAUUAACGAAAUUGAGUUCAUCUGCUGUAGUAACCAAUCGGCAGAAGAAAGUUUUUAAAGCUACUAGUAGUCAGCCAUGUAACAUCUCCCUGGAAUCCAACUGUGAUAAUAUAGUGGUACAAUCGAUUGAAGACGUACAGAAUAAUAGCAACCCUAGUGUAGUAAUGACCAACUGCGUAAAUACACAGCGAGAUAUCAAACCCAAAAAUUCCAGAAAGCGUGCCAAUCCAAUUGUAUUGAAUCAACCAUCAGAGACAAGUCCUGAGAAGCAGACAAAACUUACAGAACAGCAAAUACAAGAGAAUGUAGAGCAUUCCAAUGUGUUGUUGCCUAAGCUUACAUCUAUACAACGUCCCGGGAAAAUUUCGGUGAUACUAGCUAGUAAUCUGAAGCCUACCAAGUGCAAAACAAACGAGGCUGUUAACAAUCAGCCUACCAAAAACUGUGAUAACGAAUCAUCAACAUGUUCCAAAAGUUGCAUUAAAGUAAAUGGUUGUCCCAACACUUUUGAGUCUAGUUCAAAUGCAAUAGAGGAAUCUACAGUUUUAACUAAAGACCAGAUUCUAUUAUUGCAAGAGAAUUCAAAUCUUGCAGGUAAAACUGAGAAACUUGGCUCUAUUGAUUCGGAUGCUUUAGAUGAUUAUUUGAAUGGAGGUAACAACUCUCAAGAACAAGAGGAGGAAUUAUUACAGUAUUUUCAACAAAGCAAUUCAUCAAGUUCAGAUGUGGAAGCAAAUACUAUUGCUAUUGAUGAACAAAUAUCAAGAUCUGAUAAAGUUUCACAGCUAAGAUUAAUAUUACAACAGAAUUUGAAAGGAGGGACUGUACAUGCACCUGUUGAUGUAUUACCUGCUGCUAUCAUUAGGCAAAAUGUUGAAAAACGUGAAAUCACUCAAAAGCACAAUUUGAUAUUACCAACUUUACUAAACCAUUCGAACCAAAAUAAUACCAGACGUAGAGUCAGUUUUGAAACAAAUGUUGUAGAACAUGUUCAAGACUCGAAUGUUAUUACUAAUACAGUUCCACAGAGCCCAAAUACACGACGUCGAAUAUUUAAUUUUACGCCAAUAUCGCCGGGCCCACAUUCACCUAUUAAUGGUCGCGCUUCCAAAUCUAAUUCUGCAAACGCUAGCCCAUUCGUUUCACCACGAAAUACACCUGUGCCACGGUCGAGAAGCAAUUUGCAAGCAAGUAGUUCCAGAGCUCGUACUCACAAAUCCUUAUCGCGUUCAAUAUCUUGCAGUAUGCCUUAUACUAGCAAGAAUGAUACUUUUGUUGUUCCCACAAGUGGUCCGGAAUUAGUUAGACAAGCGUCAUCUACACCGCAGUUACCGUUGAUUUCUACCAAGUCGUCGGAAGUGCAGGUAGAUAGUAGUACAACGCAAAUUUCAGUUACACCAAAAAGAGAAGGACAAGGAUCACAGUGUGCUGCAUUUUUAUCUUCUGAUUUAGCACCGCAAAAACAAUUACUCAUUAAUUAUCCAAGUCAGGAAAAUUUACAAGAAAUUAAAAACGUUUAUCAAAAAAAUCAACCUGAUCAGGAAAUUAGCGAAUUGUUUCAUAACAAUAAACAAUUUACCAGUGAACUUUAUAGGUCACAAUCAGUUCCAUUACAUAGAAUGGUUAAUCCUGCAUUGAUGUCACCUAUUUCAACGCAACAUUGCUUAUCAUCCUUUCAGAGCCAGAGUUUUAAUCCAUCUACAAGCAGUUCCAUAGCGCCUACGCCAGUACCUAGUGAGUUCAAUGAUUUUGGAUCAAUGGGUCAACCAGAAGGACCUUCAACAUAUUUACUUGAUGACGUUGAUCCAAACUUUAUAUCAGAUGACCAAAAUUUCUUAAUGGGUGACAAAGAAAUUACACCUGAAAACAUAACGAAUAUAUUAAACAUUUUGGAUGAAGAAGGAACUCAAAGCUUGCAAAUUUUACCGGAACAACCUGCAGAAGAAGGCUUGAUAGAAAACAAUUCAAUAGUGUUGGAUGCUUUACCAAAUUCAAAUUUAAACUUAUCAGAAGAGGAUAUGUUAGAUCCAUCAAAUGUACUUGAUAUUCCAGUAGGUGGAGCAUUACAGAAAAUAAUACAGUCACGCUCCUAUCCUAAUACACCAUUACCUGUGCCAGUAUCAACAUAUACGCCAUCUUACACAGAAGAUAGUAAUGGAUCUAGAUCAUAUCCUUCGACACCACUACAUACAAUUCAAUCGCAAGAAACGUAUCAGGAUACUAACGAACCAAUGCUCUCAAGUCCUACUCUGAAUUCUUUAAACUUGCACAAUGAAACUGUUAACGAGUCUACUUCUAGCAGUUUAUGUAGGAAUGUUGUGGAUUUGCUUGAAGCCAAUUUCCUUGGAGAAACUGAUACAGAAACAAAUGAUUUGGACCCACUUGGUAAUUUUGAUGGAUUACAAGAUGUUGAUUCAUUGACACCUUUGUUUAAUGAAGUGACAGAGCCUAAUCGUUGAAAGCAUAUACAAAAGUAAUUCAUGGAUUUCUUGUGAUUUUGCAUAGUGAUCUACCAAAGGUUGGAAAAAUAAUUUUUAAAUUGUAUGUUAGCAUGACUCCAUUUUAUAAUGAUAGUAAUUUGCAUAAAUAUUCCAUUUUAAUAUGCAAAACAUUAUAGUGGCAGUAUGAAAGGAUUAAAGAUUAAAUCCUAGUUCCUUGUGCUAAUAUCAAAUAAUACAUGUCACAGUGAUCACAUAAAGAUGCAUCAGUUUGAGUUUUUGUUAGAAUAAAGAAUUCUUUCUUGUUUUAUAUUUAUGAAUAUAAUUUACGUGAAUUUGUCAUUUUUUACCAUUUAUUGAGACAUUAAAUAAAUCUCUACUGCUUAGGUAAUACAUACAUGAUAACAAGAAUAUACCAGAAUUAAUGUCUUUAAUUUAUCUUCUCAAUUACAGUACUAUACAUACAUUAUAAUGAGAGGAGCUCAUGAUAGAAAAUUCAAAUAUAAAAAAGAUGUCUUUAAAAGAGUUGAAUACUAUAUUGACUAUUGAAUUGAACAUAAUUUUGACGAAGUUAUAAGUAUUCAUAAUUCAAUUCAAUAUAUAAAGAGCAGAAUGAGUGACUGCCAAUGGUAUUUUUUUUAGACUUGUAUUUCUUAUUUUUUAAAGUAAGUAAAGCGAGAAAGAAAUCACUGUGAUGCAAAUAUAAUCUUCGAACAUUAUAUAUUUCUUGAAUUUGCCACUAGUGAAACUAAAAAGUGUAAAUGUCUUCAGUGAAGUCUUAGGUGUCUUUGGUGGAACAUUGAGUUUUCAAGUGUGAAAAAUAUGACGAAGAAGUUGCUCAAACAGAGCGAUCGUCGCUGUGAAGUAUUUGAGAUUCGAAUAAGUGGAAGUUGAUUUUAUAUAAAUACUUUAUAUUCGUCGUUUUGAAACGUUUGUUUCUAAGUCAUUUAAGAACGCGUUAUUGCGACUUUGUUAUUCAAGCGUUUCUAAGAAAUAUUUACGAUCACCUGCUGGACAUUGGUGAGCUUCUUUUUACAUAACAAUCGGUAUUGAACCCAGUAUGUAGUACGCUUUUUCUGACCGGCAAAGUGACGGCAAAAAAGCGAGUAUGUAAAUUUAUAAAUGUUUUAUUUUACCUCAUAUCUAUAUAAAUUUGUCAAAUUUGCGUUUGAUUGAUAAAACAUCACAUUUUAGAUCAGAAGUAUUCAAACUUCAUAAAAUCACUAUUACUGUUUGUUAAUAUUUACAUUUCUCUUCCUUUUAUUCUGUCCUGCCAUGUGCUUUAAACUUUAUUAUUAAUAUAAAUAAAUUUAUUAAAUUCACGGUUACCAUCUUUUUAAAUAUGACUUCAAAUUGUUACUUUGGAUAUGAUUUUUAAAUAUUAGUAUGACCUACCAAAAAUUGAUCAAAAUUCGUAUAAUUUGGGUAAUUGAAGUUUGACCACUUUUGUUUUAAAUAAAAGAUAAAGCAAACAGAAACGAAAAAGAAUUGUGCUUCGAAAGACAUAAAAUUUCAUAUUUAUGUACCGUACUGGAUUCUACAUCGAUAAUACUGCUAAAUAAUUAUUACUAUGGCGGGUCUUCCUGGUAUAUCGUUUUGUUCAUUAAUGAAAUCCGAAUUACCAUAAAUACACCGCCAAUUUAUAUUUUUCUACGGCGUUCUUGAUCGAGAAUUUUAUGAAUUGGAUAGUUGUUUAACCGAUUUUUAUUCCUAACUUACCGUGGUUACUUAGCUUUCAACGCAGAAAAAGUUAGAAUUUUUUGUAGAGAAUCCACACAAAAAUGUAUGGUAUGAUCGCGGUUGUAUGAAUUUCAUCAUUUAAAAUUAUUUUUCACGUCAAAGUCUUAAAAUGAUGCGCUUCAACAUCGUAAAAUAUUAGAUUUUUAUAAAAAAUAUGGGGUAAACGUUAUUUACUCGCAAAUGAUCACGAACACACGACAUUUGCAAGAAUUCUAUAUUAUCAUUCUGUAAAGGAUUAUAUGGCGUUGCGAAUGUUAACACCAUGUAAAUAUAUAGUAUGAUUUUUGUGAAAUCUUGUUCUUGAGAGUUACUAUUGACGUACUAAAUAGCAUGAACCAAAUCUCGUGUUUCUGUUAAUCGAUUAACAUUUUAAUAAUCAAAUAAGCAAUUAUUAUGACAAUAAAAAAAUACGAAGAAGAAGGAAUGAAAUAAGUUAAAAAAUAACGAAUUAUUUAAAAUUUACGUUUUUGUAUCUACAAGAGUAAUUUCUGUGUGAAUUUAUGUCUAAUUUUUUCGUAACGUUACGAUUAACCAGAGUAUAUUUUGAUACGUUUUUUGGUUUGUGCUAUUGCCAUAUAAAGGCACUACAUUGCUAAUACCGGUUUUUAAUCGCCAUUUCACAUACCGUAACUAAAUAAUCGUAUGUGGGAAUUCGAAGAAUUUCGAAUUCCAUAAAUCUAGAAUGUUACGCAUGUAAUCAUGGUUUUGAAUUUGUAACCUGCACGUUUCUAUUAACCUUUUGAAGCAUGAAUCGAGCCAAUACGAUGACCCAAAUAAGAACAAAACUUUUCGACGAAAGUAAUCUCUCGGCAUAUCAUAAAGUUUUUAAAUGACAAAUUAAGAAUAGAAAAUCGAAUGAGAUUUCUUGGAAGAUAUUAAAAGAUACUUUAUAUGAGCAUGUCUAUUAAGCGUAUUUUUAUAUAUUGAUUCAAAUUUAAACAAAAUAAAAUGAAUAAAAAGGUAGAAAAAAGAAAAAGAUAUAGAAAGAAGUGGAAAUCAGCAAUACUUCAAAAGGUUAAUAAAUAUUUCUGGUAAUUGCAUCACACAUUUAUAAGCAACAAGAAAACGUUAGUUUCCCACGCAGCCUGAAAUACAGCGAGAGUAACACAUUCUUUGUAUGAAAUGAGUUACAACGUAGUUUCAAAUAUUCUAAACUAUUAAAACAAAACUAAUAAGACGGUAAUCUUACUGUAAGGCGAGUUGUGAAUUGUACAAACAUAAAAAAGAGAAUCAUUCGACGAACCAAGUAGUGAUUUGAAACUAGCAGUUAAAUAAAUGGACGAAAAGAAAAGAGGACUCGACCUUCCAUAAGUUGUGAAAUGACAAGAAAAAAAGUAAGAGAAAGAAAGAAAAAAUUAAUGGAAAAUAUGAACCGAGCAACUAUAGGAAGUUCUUAGACGUGAAUGACUUUCAUUAACUUGACCAAAUGAUCGAAGAUCUUGGAAAUUUCUAUAACAGUACUGCUAUUUGUAACUCGUAAGUAAAAAAAAAGUAUAUGUACUACGAUAUUACUUGUUGUUGUACGCACAAAGAUUUUAGGUAGGAAUUAUUCGAUAUUAUCGUGUAAUCAGGGUUUGUCUGUGCUGUUUGAUUUACAAUUUGAAUUUAUCUAGAUGCGAAUAUCGAUAUAUUAAUGAAAAAUAUGUGAAACAUUUUUAUGAAACAGUUAACAAUGUGCAAUAAUCGUACUAUCCUUUAUUUGCCAAACAAAGAAAAGGAGAACAGUAAGAUUAAUAUUAUAAAAUUAUUGGCUCAAAUUAAUAAUACGAGAAUAAAUGCGAAGCGUUAAAAUUGAUACUGGUAUCUAGACAUCUGUAAUGUAACAGCACCGAUUUAUAAAAAAAAAGAAAAAAAAUUAAAAACAAAAUAGCGGAAAUAAAUUAUAUUGAAACAUAUAUACAUUCAUAUUUACACAGACAGUCAAUAGAUAUAGUUAUAUUUAAACGAAAAGGUAAUAAUAACGGCGAUCUUGUCUGCAUAGGAAAUCCUGAGCAUCAUUUUGAAUACUAUAUUGUUUCAAUGGAAAAUGAAAAUACACUGAUGGGACAAGAUUGUUUGAAUGGGCAUGGUAUAACUAAAUCAUCAUACAAUUUGACUUUGCACUGUAUUUUUUCCCUCCAUCGGAAGUUUGUUGAUUUGUGGAUUGUUUAUUUUCUUUUCUUUAUUGAUAUUUUAUUUAUCUAUAUUCCGUGUUAAUAUUUAAUAUCACGAUAAAGAAAUAUAUUUUCCUUUGUAACAAAAAUUUUAUACAAAUAUUGCCUUGUGUUGUUUAAUAAUUGAUCUUUUCUUCUCGAAUUGAAAUAUAAAUUUCGACGGAGAAAAAAUGGAGUACAAAUGGAUAAUUACUCGAAUAUUAACAAUACUGCAUGGGGUAGGACAAUUUUAUAGGUCAGUAAAAUAUUAUAUGUCGUAAUCGUAGAAUGCAAUAAUUUAUCGGUCAUCACGAUUAGAAAUACGUAGAAUGAAAUAAUUUUCAUAAAACAAGAUCCAUCGAUCAUAGAUUAUCACAAAGAUCUUCUUUUUAAUUUGUAAAAUAUCAUUCAAGUUUUACUGAUUUCGAGUGUUCUGUUCUUCGACGUCAUCAUGAAUUAACAUACUAUCCUACAUAGCCAAAUAAAAUAAAAAUACAAGAAAUGUGUUUCCAUGAAAAAAAAUAAUAAGAAAGUAUGAACAAAGUACUGUUGCUUGCAGAUUGAUUUUAUUGGUAAUUUUUAAAACAGAAGAAAAAACUCGCCUUGCUUAUUUUCCGUCAAAUAUAUUUAUAAUAUACGUAAUCUUGCCACAUAAAACGAUCUGCGUUUUGUUUCUUGUCAAAGAUUUUGUAUUACUUUCAAUUGAAGGAAAAAAAUAGACCUGGCGAUAUUAUGCGGCUCUAAUGCCGUUUCUGAGGCUUAUAGAUCUUCGAAGGAUCGUUUUUUUGAUUCUUCAAGAUACUUUUGCUUC